GGCAGGAACAAUUAUUCUCUGAGACCUAUGUGACUCAUGUAGGCUGUGCUAUAAAUCUGUUCUUCUAGCGAUACUUCGAUAGUGUAGCCUAAUUGGACCCGAUUCACCGUAAAUUGCCAGGUCUCGGCAUUUCUAUUUCAUAGAAAUAUAGAACCAAACAAAACUUUUAAAAACUCUAAACUCUUGCAAAGAUAACCGUUUUAGCAACCGUGAGCAAGCUGAAACAUUCGCUUUCGUGUGGGCCAGUUUACUUCGCUUUGGGAAUAUACAAUACGAUGGAGGCGAGGACGUGCAUUGCCAUUGGAUUACUUUUAUUUUCAUUCCAUCUCGCGGGAAGAGCUUCGGGUAACAUCGAUUUCCCUAAGGCUCAAGACGUCACCUGGUCUUCAUAUAACUUCAAGACAUUAUUAUCGUGGGGACCCAAGCCCACAGAUUACUCGUACACUGUUGAAUUCUAUGGAGUGGGCAAAGAUCGGGAAAGGAAUCCACACUGCAUCAGGACCAAAAAUACAGACUGCGACCUGACCAGGAUGCUGACCGACUUGAAGGAGACUUAUUACGCUGAUGUCCUGUCAGAACCAGAGAGGGGCGCAACCUCUGACAUUGUGGAGUUCCCCCACACCAGAUCUGAGCAAUUCUGCCCAUACAAAGACACUUUGAUUUCAAGACCUGACUUCAAGAUCGACGUAGACAAAGUCAAGAACAAGAUUGUUCUAUACAUAAAAGACCCUAUCUCUGCCAUUUAUGAAGGUGGUAGGCUGUUGAACAUGCGAGACAUCUUCAAAGAUGACUUGAAGUACAGAGUCACCUACAGAAAGGCUGGAAGCACUGGGAAGAAAGUGCAACUGACAGACACAAGUCAGAUGGAGCUGGACGCAGAGGGAGGGGAGAGCUACUGUUUCAGCGUGCAGGCCUUCCUCCCGUCCCGCAGCUUGGGGAAGCAGCUGGGGGAGAUGAGCCGCACGCAGUGCUCGCCCAAGGAGCCCAAGUCCAUUUUUGAAGAAUAUGGCCUGGGGGUGAUCGUGGGAGCCAUCCUGGUGCUCACGGUCCUGGUCAUCAUGGUCGUCGCCCUGAUCGUGGUGUGCUGCCGGCGGCGAAGGGCGGCGGCCAGGUCAGAGAAGGAGGAUGUGCUGCGGAGUCCAGCAUAGGACAGCAGAGUGGGGGAAAGAGGCUCCGGGGAACAGCAGAUCUUCCUUUUGGUCGAUAAACACUGGAAUCCCUUAAUUCGGUUUCUGAGGACCUGCAGCUGAGUCUGGCAUAGGACGGCAGAGUUGGGGCGGGAAAGAGGCUCCGGGCGAGAGCAGAUCUUCCUUUUGGUCGAUAAACACUGGAAUCCCUUCAUCCAGUUUCUGUGAAACUUGAACACGUUUGAUUAUCUUCACUAUCAGCGCUGCGGCCAUGUUUUUUUUUUUUGUUAUGUAUUACGUUUUUUGUACUUUUGCUUUUGAUCUGUUAUUUUAAUGGAGAGUACAAAGAAACUACUGGAAAUUUGUUUUUACACUACUUUCGCGCUUAUGUUUAUUAUUUUAAAAUGGCAACAUAGCAAAUUAAUGUUGAAUUUUGGGGGUUUUGUGAAAACGAACUCACCCUGAUUAAUAUUGAUAUUCCGUAUUUGUUUAUAGACAUCUAUUAAGGGGCAUUAAUAUAUUACUUUGUUUUGAAAUGUCUUAUUUAUAUAUUAGAUGUAUAUUUUUGUAGGUAUUUAUUUAUGAGAUCUUCUAGAUUGUAUUUUCAUACAUGUGUUCUAAUUAUUAAUAUGUAGUAUGGAGAAUGUUGCGAUUGGUAAAUGUGUUAGAGUGUGUGAAUGUGAUUAUGUGAUUUCCUGUUUUGGAAUUCCUGUUUUAAGUCAAUGCAGUAUUAAACUUUGUGGAUGAGACCAAGAAGACAGACUCUAAAAAGAGACUACAAAGUGUUGAUACAAUCAUGCCAACUGUACGCAGAGCAUGCAGACCUGUUACUCUGGGUUGGGUCGAGACACUCCAGUAGAUUAGGACGAUAAUUUUUCAUGGACCACAAACUCACCACUCCUAUCUGUAUGUUCUGUCCAUUUUGGACCCGUAUUAGAAAAUAACCAAGAGUGUUCACAAAUAAAUUGCAAUGCAUAUG